AUGAAUCAGGAUGCAUCAUCAGGAUCCCGCCAAAGCCCGAGUGGUACUAUGCACAGUUCAGACUCGGGUAGCCAGUCGAAGCCCCCUUCGAAACGCGCUUCCAGAGCCGGGACGCGUAGUGUCUCUACCCUUUCGGCCGCGCAAUUGGAGAGGAAACGUGCAAAUGACAGAGAAGCACAGAGAGCCAUUCGUCAAAGAACAAAGGAUCACAUCGAGAACCUCGAGCGACGAAUCAGCGAACUGACUGGCACUCAAGAAGCCAGAGAAAAGCUGUACCUGGCCACACAGCAACGUAACCGAGAGCUCGAGGAAGAAAACGCCUAUCUUCGAAGCAGGCUCUCGGGCGAAACAUUCACUAUCAACGUCAACGAAAAUGAUGGUAAGCGCACUUCAACACUAUUUGACCUGGCUUGUACUGAUGAAAAAGCUGCAGACAAAGCACCGCCGCAGUACAGUGUCUCUGCGCCCGAGUCUUCGCCUCAGGCUCACCUGAGUGCCGGCGUGAACAUUCCCAGACCUUCGUCUUCAGCUACGAGCAGGAGUAUUCCCCAGCCAGCCGAAGCUUGGAGGCAACACAACCAGUACAGCCCUGGUAGCGCGCCAGCUUCAGCAUCCUUCAUGCCCGAAGGAGCCCAGCACACUGCUGGUCAGAGUGCUGCAUCUUGGAGGGCCCAGGACGUUCCUUCGGCCUCUUCGUAUGCCUACCAGGUCCGCCAAAGUGACCGAACAACAAACUACCCUUCGCCAGCACAUCAAAUGACCUACCCGGGCCACUCGCAAGCGGCUCAGUUCCAGCAAGCCAUUACUGCUCAAGCACCCGCGCAAUCCUCUGUCCCACCUGCCUUCCACAACACUGGAAUUGGCGCUCAUCCUGAUUUCCAAGGCAUGCCUCAAUACGCCGCUUCUGCAACUCCUACCUACCACAAUCAGCAGAGCCACGCCAAUUUUGUCUCCGGCGCACCGCCCGUGUCAUCGGCUACCUCUGAUUUCCAUGGUGCACCUCGCAGCCUNAGCCCCUCCCGCUUACAAUCCGAAUGGCGCGUCGGCUCACUUUAUGCCUGGACAACCUCCGAACGCACAGCCCAUGGCAUACCGCGAAGGCGCUCCUCANNGCAUGCGUACGGUUAUGACGCCUGA